AUGUGUAGUUUGCUGCACUUGGACCAUGGCUGUCUUACUCGCACGUCGCACGGUAGCGUGGACACAGCAGUCUCCGCUGAGGAACCCAUGUGGCCGAAGUGCCGCCGUGAGGCACAAGUCGAGUUUCUGAGGAAGGAGGUCUGGGGGCACUUGAAAUGGUUCCUGAAGUCUCCAGAGGUCCAGGUGAUCGAAGCCUUUGACCUGCACGUGCAGGACGGCUGCUUGGUGGUCACAUUUCCGCUGGAAAGCUUUGAGGUGGACUUUGGCCUGGGCGGUGCGGCGUUUCUGGUGAGCGCCAUCGACAACGUCAUCGUCACCGGACCUCACGGCCAGGAACAGUUGGAGAUCGUCGACGGCGAAGCCAGGAAGGAAGAUUAA